AUGGCGGGCAAAACGGCAGUUGAAGACUCCAACACAUCCGCGAAGGAGAACAAUGCGUUUCGGAGAGGCCCCGAUCCGAACCGCGUCCGCGAUAACCAGCGACGAUCUCGGGCGCAGCGCAAGGCGUUCGUGGAGAGCCUGCAGAGGAAGGUGGAGGAAUACGAGCGGCGAGGGGUCGAGGCGACGGUGCAGAUGCAGCAGGCGGCCCGGGCGGUCAGUGCAGAGAACGCGAGACUACGCAUGCUCCUUGCGCAGCGCGGGGUGUCCGAGAACGAGGUGAAGGCGUUCCUGGAGUCGUUUGACGAUGGCGAGCAUGGACAACAACAACAACAACCCGGCAGCGCGUCACGGACUCCUCCUCCUUCUUCCUGCUGCCGAGCGACAGCCGAGACGGACAAUGGCAACGGGUGCCUUCAACGGCCUACGACUAGCUCUUCCCUUUCCGCAGGGCCAAUACCAAUGCCGGUAUCACCGAGCGAAACAUCGAUGGAUCGAUUAUCUGUUCUUGCGGAUGCCAGCACCCGAGGCCAGAUGAGCAGCAGCGCUGAAUCAGUUUCAACGACGACGAUGCCAACGUCCAUGCCCACGUCUUUGUCGCCGCCACCGUCGUCAGCGUCACCGUCACCGCUUGAAAUGUCCUGUAAUGCGGCCGCGCGAAUCAUUGCAGACAUGCAUGGGCACGGCGAUGACCAACUGGCCCGAACCUCGCUGGGAUGCGGCAGUAACCGCCAAGAUUGCGUCGUCAAGAACGUCGUCGUGUUCAGUGCGCUUGACCAACGGCAGCUGACUGGAUCGCCCACCGCCAGCACACCGCCAGCAGCACCCGCAAUUUUGUCCCCGGCGUUGUUCCAGCGUCUCAAGUGGUUACCUACCUCCUCUUUGCUGGCUUUUCGCGGCAUUAGCGGGCUUACCCAUACUCCGUACCUUAGUUUGGCGAGUACCACGGAGAUCAGCAUUCGUUUUGGAGGGGAUGAAACGAAGCAGAACAAAAGAGCAGUUUGGGCGUCAUCUGUCGACGACGACAAAUACUUUCAGAGUCCAAGAAUUCGUUUCAUCCACCCGCAGUUUACGCCUACCAUGGCCACCGACAGUCAGCCGUAUCCUCGUCCCGACUUUGAGCGCUCCGCUCUGCGAUGGCUGUCUCUCAAUGGGCCCUGGGACUUCCUCUUCGACGAUACAGACGUCGGCCUCUCCCAGCUCUGGCAGCAUACGGGUCUUCCCCAGGACUGCCCCGCUUCGUCAUCUGUUGGCUUCCAGGGCUCGUCCGAGGGCCAGACCAUCACCCAGAAGAUUGCUGCCGGCACCCAGGAACUCCUCAAAGACAACAUCUUCUCCCCCUCGGAAGACGCCAGGACCAACAAGAAGCGCCAAAUCAUAGUCCCCUUUGUCUUCCAGUCACCCGCCUCCGGCAUCAACGACCGCGGCGUUCACGAGGUGCUCUGGUACGAGCGCACCAUUGCCGAUCCGCGCGGCCCCGAUGAGAUCAAAAAAGGCCACCGGCUUCUCGUCCGUUUCGGCGCCGUCGACUACGAGGCGAAAGUCUGGGUCAAUGGUCGCUACGUCGGCGGACAUCGCGGUGGUCACGUUCCUUUCGAGCUCGACAUCACCGAUGAGCUCGAUCCUUCUGCUUCCGCAAACGCCGCUACCGGUUCUCACCGCCUGACCUUGCGUGUAUACGACUCCGCCUACGAUCUGACCCAACCUCGUGGGAAACAGUAUUGGGCCGCCCAGCCCGAGAGUAUUUUCUACACCCCCUCCGGCGGCAUCUGGCAGAACGUCUGGCUCGAGGUCGUCCCUCCCGUACGCAUCGCCGACAGCAGCCGUGGCACGGUCAUCCGGUCCAACGACAUUGGCUCGGGCCUGCUCCACAAUACCAUUGGCGUCGUUGGCCGUCGUGCAGGUCGGAAAUGCGCCAUUGAAGUGGAGGCUGCCUUUGCUGGUGUUGUCGUCUCCAAGUCAUCGCCCGCUGAAUUCUCCAAGGAGACCGACUUUGUAACCUUGGAUCUUGACCUCCGGCUUUCCGAGGAACAACGCAAGCAGCUCCCCGCCGACGUGCUCAGUUCCACCCCGCUAGGCAACGACGACUUCUGGCGGGAUGGAGUCGCUCUCUGGUCCCCCGAACACCCGUCCCUAUACGACCUAGCCAUUCGCCUGAUCGACCCCACGUCAGGAGACGUGCUAGAUGAGGUCAAGACGACCACCGGCAUGCGCUCCAUCGACUGGUCCAACCCGGACGGCGUGUGGCGUCUCAAUGGCAAACCCUACUUCCAGGCUUUGUGUCUUGACCAGGGAUACUGGCCCGACACCUUCAUGACCCCGCCCACGGCCGAUAGCCUCAAGGAAGACAUCCAGCUGGCCAAGCGCAUGGGGCUCAACGGCUGCCGGAAACACCAAAAAGUAGAGGACCCGGCCUUCUACUACUGGGCCGACAAGCUCGGCUACCUCGUCUGGGCCGAGAUGGCCAACUCGUACCAAUUCAGCAGCGAGUACGUCGAGCGCUUCGACCAGGAAUGGAUCGAGUCGGUCAAGCUGGCCAUCAACCGUCCCUCCGUCGUCACCUGGACCCCGGUCAACGAGAGCUGGGGGUACCCUUCGCUGAAGGACGACGUCGACCAGCGCAACCACAUCCGGUCCCUCUACUACGCCACCAAGACCCUCGACCCCACGCGGAGCAUCAACGACAAUUGCGGCUGGGAACACGUCCUGACCGACCUCUCGACCUUCCACGACUACGCCGACGGCCCGGAACUCGAGAAGACGUGCGCGAGCCUCGACGCGAUCCUCGGCCUCAAGGCGGGGCGGGACCUCUUCGUGGCGCCUGUGGCCGGCGACCCCGGCACCGCGCACCGCCCUGGCGCGCCCAUCAUGUGCACCGAGUUUGGCGGCGUCAAUAUCGUCCCUGCUUCACAGGACACUCGUGACUGGGGGUAUACUACGGCUAGCGAUCCGGAGGAUUUGCUGGAGCGGAUUGACAAGCUGGUUAAGGGGGUUGUUGCCGGUGGCCAUUGCUGUGCUUUUGUCUAUACUCAGCUAACCGACAUUGAACAAGAGACAAACGGGUUAUACAACUUCAACCGGGUCGAGAAGCUCGAUGCGAAGAGGGUCAAGAUUCUGAUUGAUGAGGCUCUGGAGAUCUUCUACAAUAGGGUCCGGGGUGCCUGA